AUGUCGUCCAGUGCCGAACUCAUUGCUAAGCUUCAAGUUGCCGCCGAUCAAAGGAUCGAUGAGCCUAGUCUGCAAAUCUUGGAGACUUUUGCUACUGAACGAGACGCGCGUCGGGUGCUGGCAGUUUCGGCUAAGGCGUCUGGUAGCGUCUGGCGCAGUGUCAUUUCGCUUGCGGUGCUCGUGAGCUAUCUUGUGCGUCCAACGCGGGCGGCUAGCAUGCACUGCGGGAUUCAUUCGCCUGUCAGGACUAGGCGCACGAUAAACUCGGACAGAGGACAUGCGCGGCAAGGGAAGCAGACAUGCGAGGACUUCGGGCGGCAGCGUGUGGACAGACAAGGCGUCGCUCGGACUCGCGACUGCGACUGGGCAGCGUGCGGUGGCGCUAGGAGCUCGCGUCACUGCGUGCGGCUGGGCGCGGCUGUGGGCGAUUUCCGGCGGCAACUUGCGGCUGAGGGGGGUGGUUGGGCUCGACAUAAGCACCUCGAUGGCUUGGCUGACGAUUGGUUCUUCAGGUACAAAUUUGUUUCUAGCCCCCAUGUUCUGAACUCCAAAUUCUUGCCGAACCAUGUGAUGGAGGCGACAAUGACUCCUCUGAUUACCUGGGAUCUUCCUACCAAGCAGGUGACGCAGGAGCUCAAUGCCGUGGAGAAAAUGGAGUAUACAAUAGGUGCUUUAGGUCGGGCUCUUUGUAGCCAAGCAGCCUCUAUGAACAACAUUCGACGCAUGACAUCGGGGUUUGCAAAAUUGAAGGUCAAGCACGAGCUAUGUGAGGGGAAGAUCAAUUCCCUACAAGAAGAGCAUAGCGCCUUCCAAGGCUUAAAGUUGAAGGCCACUGAGAUGGAAGGGGAGAUCGGGAAGGCCAAAAGAAAAGCACAAUCGAUCAUGGCGACUGAAGUGGAUGAUGAAGAGCUUGAUGAAUUAGCACUGCUACUGGAUCCCCGGAACUGA